AUGCCCGUCCACGAGCGCAACAUGUCGUCGGAGCAGGAAGCCGACGCGCGCCUCAGUUUAAGCCCAGCCCCGGAGUACCGAGGAAAUGGCCAAAAUGGCGAUUCUCACCCCCAAGAAAUCUCGGGUACUGUGAUGGAGGACGUCCACGAUGCUCGCUCGACUCUGACCCGAAGCUUCAGUUACCUGGAACGCCUUGAGAAGAGGCUAGAAGAUAUCGAGACCAACCUUGAAAAGGUUCAGCAGGCGCAGGCCAUUACGGAGCUUGAGAUAUCCUCCCGACCACGGGAUACCCAUCCAGCCCGCGUUGGUGAGCCUCUACCGGAAAGUGGGGCCACCUCGAAGAGGUCAACGACUGGACCCGAGUACCCCACAGUUGCCGGCGUGCGAGAGGGAGAGGGAGAACCCGACGCGGCAGAGGAUCUCAUCGAUGGAAUGGGUGCCAUCAAGUUCUCUGAUGAAGAAGACUCCGCCUACUUUGGCGCCGUCAGCGUAUCCCGCCCUCACAACGACGCGUACGCCGAUCACAACCGGCCCCACCACGGACGGGUCAACAUCUAUGCGCUGCCUCCCGAGGCGCGCACCUGGAGCCUGAUCAAGGAAUACUUUCAAAAGACGGGACAGCUCCUGCCGUUCGUGCACGAGGAAACGUUUUGCGCGACGGUGCUCGAGAUGAAGUCCAACAACUUUACCAAGGUGCGCCGGACGUGGCUCGGGCUGCUCAACAUCAUCUUAGCCAUCGCGACUACGCUGCACGUUGACUUUUCGAUUUCGUCGGAGCAGAGGAUAGAGGAGUCUGAUGUUUAUUACCAGAGGGCGGUCGGCCUCUGCGAUAAAGAGCCGCGGCGAAAUGCAAGUGUGGAGUUAGCGCAAUACCUGCUCAUCUUAGGGCAAUAUCUACAGGGAACCCAAAAGUCGGUACAAGCGUGGACUGUGCGCGGACUCGCCAUCACCACCGCCUUGCAACUCGGGCUUCACUCGCCCAAAACCAAUAACAGAUUCCCGUCGUUGGAGAGCGAGAUACGGAAACGCGUGUGGUUUGGUUGCGUACUGUUGGACCGGACGUUGAGCAUGACAUUCGGGCGACCGUCAAUGAUACACGAGAGCUACGUCAGGCUCGAACUGCCAAGCAGCGACCUCCAGAUUCUCGGGUCAACUAUUAGCGACAUUCCAGGCUCUCAGACCGACGGCAUGUUCUUCAUCGCAACCAUAAAACUAUACAAUGUGAUGCACCGCAUCGUCAGCUCAUGCUACGGCCAUAAUCUAGGCCUUGAAGAAUACCGAACCGACUCCGAGCUCAUCUCCGUCGUCUGGCAAAUCGAGGAUGAACUCGAGGAGUGGAAAUCCCAACUUGCGUCCCUCAAGAUGCAAAUCGUCGAAGCGCAGCUGAGCCCCGAGGACCUCGGAGCGUUGGAAGAGGACGACAAGAUAAACCAGCGGUUCUUCGUCGUUCUCUCCGUGCGCUACCAUAACCUGCAAAUCUUGCUGCAUCGACCCAUCCUGGAAAGAUUCCUGCAGGGGUGCGGCCGGUCCCCGCCGACGGGAAGCGCGAAUCGGGAACGUCGAAAGUUUCUGGGCAUGGGAAUCAGCAGCAUCGAAACGUGCGUCAACUCGGCUGUCACAAUCAUCUCCAUCGUCCACACCAUCGUGACGAGCGAGGGCUGGCGUCGCGACUUGCUGGGGGCGUGGAACUACUCGCUAUUCUACACUUUUAAUGCGGCGCUUGUUGUCUUCGCCGCGGCCCAUAUCGCCCGGAAUCAAGUUCGAGAGGAGGCGGGCCAACUAGAUCGCUGGCGGUUCGUCGAGAACGCAGCGCCUUCGUUCUACGCUGCCAUCGAAGCCUUGCAGAAUCUCGAUCGGGGAAUCCGGUGGUGGAACGGUGUGUCCAGUACUUGUACCAACUUCGGCUCGUACCCCUUACGACUUCGCUGCUAA